UUAUCUAGGUUUAAACAUCACCUUUACUGACGUUGGUCUGAGUUCUACGGCUAGUAACAUCAAUGGCCCGGCCCUCAAUGCAGUGGAUGGAAAUUACUUUUCUUCAGCUCGAAGUAGUAAUGGCUCCGGACAAAUCUGGUGGGGAACAUUCGAUGUAGUACACAAAAUUGGUUGGAUUUUUAUAAUCUUGGGGAGAGGGAAUUAUAACGUGUUUAUCAGCAACGGUAGAACUACUGAACAACGAUACUUAUGUAGAAGUUUCAUUAUUCCACCACAGCAUUAUGCUCAUGUCGCCCAUAAUGCUUCAUGUAUGCACGAGUUGGAGGGCAACACUAUAACAGUACAGCGAAAUGGAAUAGGACCUCUAAUUUUGAAUGAAAUCAUCCCAGUUGUCUGCCCUGAAGACACUCAUGGAUUCUCUUGUAUGCCUUGUCACCAAAACUGUAAAGGUGGCUGUUCGAAAGUGGACGGAACUUGCACGUCUUGUAAAAAUACCCACUUUGGAAGAAUGUGUCAAAGAAAAUGUCACCAUUUCUGUUCAGAUGACACGUGUGAUAGAGCAGAGGGGAAAUGCAGGAAAGAGAACGUGGUCAUUAUCGUGGUAUUUUUCCUUUGCCUGGUUUUGAUUGUUGCCUCCAUUAUUGGGGUUAUUGUGAAGCGACGAACAAAAAUAUUCAAACUCCUGAAGCGACCACAACGACCUCGUCCAGACGACGUCAUUGUAACGUACUCAACAACCAACCGGAAUGUGGCUGUUCCAAGCUCUUCUGACCAACAAAUUCCUUCUUCUCCUCUCAGUGAUUGCCCGGUGGAGUACGUUCAUAUGAUAGAUGGCCAGAACACGAUCAAAAUGUCUCCAGUCGAAUUUAUCAAGUACAUGAAAGAAAGGCAAAACGUGGAAACUCUGUUGAAAGACCUGGGGAGUCUCCCGGGGUGGCUAAUGGGGAGAUGCUUUGAGGCAGAAAAGGAGGAAAAUAAACCUAAAAAUAGAUCGACAACAUUGCUUCCAUAUGACCGGAAUCGUGUAGUUCUAGAACCCAAGGACGAUGUUCAGGAUCAAAAUGACUAUAUUAACGCAAGCUAUAUUUCGUCUUAUAGAAAAGAAAAGGCGUAUAUCCUCACUUUAGGUCCAAUUACACCAGAUACUGUUUUGGAUUUCUGGAGAAUGGUAUGGCAGACUAAUUGUAAAUGUGUUGUAAUGUUAGCGGCCCUGAGAGAGGGAGAAAAGAAAAAAUGUUCUAAGUACUGGCCCGACGAAUCUGGAGAUUGUGGUCCUUUCUUUAUCCUGAUACAAAAUACAGAAACGUUUGAUGACUACCUAAUGAGAAAAAUUUUACUUAGAAAGAAUGGAGAGACAAGAAGGUUGGUUCACUUCCAAUAUACGUCAUGGGGAGAAGCUAAAAGACACAAAAGGAUAAACACCUUGCUUCGACUUAGAACACAUGUCAACUCUUUUGUCUCAUCAGAAAAUGUGCCAGUAAUUAUUCAUUCGGGGCCAGGCAUCAGUAGGAUGGGUAUCUACAUAGCAAUCGAUUACCUCCUCAAACAGGGCCUCAAGGAGGACACUAUAGAUAUCAUGGACUGUCUCGUCAAACUGAGGUCUCAGAGACCCUACAUACUAAGAGACAGGAAAGAGCAUCAGUUUCUACUAAGUGCAUUAGAAACUGGUUUUAGAACAGAGCUACUUGAACGCCUUGAAGAGGAGAGUGACGAAGAACAAAGCGAGGAUUUAUACGUCAAUGAACAGAGAGCAGAGGAACUGUAUUAUGAAGAUGGAGAAGAGGUGGUAUUAUGGAUGAACACUGUUGGCCCCUAUCAUAAUAGACAGGAGACAUAUUCCUACUUUUCCCUUCCUUUCUGUGCUGGGCCAAAGGAGAGUAUUGGUCACUACCACGAGACACUGGGAGAGGCCCUCCAGGGAACUGAGCUGGAGUUCAGUGGACUUGACAUAGACUUCAAAGGAGAUGUGAAGAAGACGGAGUACUGUACAGUGGAGCUGACAGAGGAGAAGUAUCAGGCCUUUGUGUAUGCUGUAAAGAAUCACUACUGGUACCAGAUGUAUAUAGAUGACCUCCCAAUCUGGGGAAUUGUCGGGGAGAUUGGAGAGAAUAAAGAAGAAUAUUUUAUCUGGACACAUAAAAAGUUUGAUAUUGGUUACAAUGGGAAACAGAUUGUAGAUGUCAACUUAACGAGCGAGGCCAAGAAAAAGCUUUCUGUAGGGAGCAAAAUCUCUUUCAGUUAUGAGGUACAUUUUACCCCUUCCAGUAUCAAGUUUGACAAAAGAUUUGACAAGUACUUGGAUCCAAACUUCUUCCAGCACAGGAUCCACUGGUUCAGCAUCUUUAACUCCUUUAUGAUGGUCAUCUUCUUGGUGGGAUUAGUCAGUAUGAUCCUUAUGAGAACUUUGAGAAAGGAUUAUGCUAGAUACAGCAAAGAAGAGGAUCUAGAUGACAUGGAGAAAGACUUGGGUGACGAGUAUGGCUGGAAACAAGUCCAUGGAGAUGUGUUCCGUCCUCCCUCAAACCCCCUGCUGUUCUCAUCCCUGAUUGGUACAGGGUAUCACAUCGCUACCGUCACACUGUGUGUCAUUAUCUUCUCCAUACUAGGGGAUCUCUACACAGAGAGAGGCUCUUUGCUGAGUACAGCGAUAUUUGUGUAUGCGGCCACCUCACCUGUCAAUGGAUACUUUGGAGGAAGUCUAUAUGCAAGAAUGGGAGGAAAGUUGUGGAUCAAGCAAAUGCUGGUAGGAGCAUUCAUGUUACCAAUAGCUGUGUGUGGAACUGCUUUCUUCAUCAAUUUCAUUGCUAUCUACUAUCAUGCUUCUAGAGCCAUUCCAUUUGGAACUAUGGUGGCUGUGACCUGUAUAUGUAUAUUUGUUAUCCUUCCAUUGACCUUGGUGGGAACUGUGUUGGGAAGAAAUCUUGCGGGCCAGCCAAACUACCCAUGUCGUGUGAAUGCUGUGCCAAGACCAAUUCCUGAAAAGAAAUGGUUCAUGGAGCCAGCUGUGAUAAUAGUUUUAGGAGGAAUUCUUCCUUUUGGAUCUAUAUUUAUUGAAAUGUACUUUAUCUUUACCUCGUUCUGGGCGUACAAGAUCUACUAUGUGUAUGGCUUUAUGCUGCUAGUGUUUGUUAUCUUAACAAUAGUGACAGUUUGUGUGACCAUUGUGUGUACAUACUUCUUACUAAAUGCGGAGGACUAUAGGUGGCAAUGGACGAGUUUCUCUGCGGCUGCAUCCACGGCAGGAUAUGUGUACCUCUAUUCAUUUUAUUACUUCUUUUUUAAGACAAAAAUGUAUGGUUUUUUCCAAACUACAUUUUACUUUGGUUACAUGGCAUUAUUCAGCUUAGCUUUAGGAUUAAUGUGUGGAACCUUUGGGUAUAUUGGCACCAGCUACUUUGUUCGGAAAAUAUAUUCCACUGUGAAGAUUGACUAGUGAUAGUAUUGUUUUUUCUAUAAUGUGAAAGUGAUCAUGUAGAAUUCCUGAAUUGGUGAUGAACUAAGUGAGAAUUCCUGUCCAUGUGGGUGCCAUGAUGAAUGCAGUACACAAAAUAAUAGCAGUGAAUCUCUGUUGUCGUUAUGGAUUAUAAACUACCAUAGAUCUGUGGAUCUGUGCAUUUAAAUAAUCUGGAAUUUCAUGGGUUUAUCAUUUUAAGGUGUUGUUUCAUUUAUAAUUGGAGAUGUUUUGAUCAUGACAAACAGCUGGAAAUGGUUUCAGUGUAUUUAAACUGAUGUGAUCCAUAUCAUUCACUGCUUCUUUGAAUGAUUUGCUACUUAGAAUACAACUGAAUAUAUGUUGCUAGUGUUAAGUUGUUGAAUACUUGAUGCUUGUUGUUUAUUUUUUUUUUAAAUACAUGUUAUACUGCAGUUAAAUUCUGAUAAGUUUAUGUUCUGUAUGCAUUCCUUUCACAUUAAGGUGACCAGUUCUGAGAAAAUGAAUGUCUACACAGUAUGCUGUAAGAUGAAUGUGAGGUUACAUUUAUAUAUUAGCAGUCAACUUGAGUAUCCAGUAAUAAAUGGUGCUGGUAUGCUGCUGUGUAUUUGCAUGUGUGUUGUGAGUUGUUGACAAACUGAACUGGACUUGUCAAUUUGAUGGUAAUUGCAAUGUGAUAUUUGUGUUUGGGAGAAGUUUUACAUGAUAAUAAAUUAUUCACCAUUCUCUUUAAUCUUAUAAACCAAUGCAAGCAGAUUGUAUGUUGAUUUUGUGUAAAUGGAUGAGUAUUAUUAUUUAUUGUUGACUUGCUGGUUUUUUUUUCUUAUAUAAUUUAGAGUCAUGCUUGCAUCUGAGAAAUACCUGCUUGUACAGUUCAUGUAUAUGUAUAUAAGUAAAAGUCUAAACAUUUUUAAUUCCACUUCAUCAUUUGUAUGUGAAUGUAAAUAUGUAAAUUUAUAAGGGGAUGUAAUUGUGUAAUGCAGUGCUUCAUAAAAUGAAGCACUGACCUUACCAUCUGAAAUAAAAGAUGAAAUACAUAA